CACGCUGCCUAGCAGCAGUGAUCCGCAGCACGCGCCGCUUGUUUCCUGCGGGGGGACAGCAAGCAGUGAGUCACAGCUCGGCCCAGACUUGGGUGCACCUUUGGCAGCUGCAGCUUCUGCUGGAACCAGCACUCUUCAACAGAUGGACUUAUCAUGUGCGGCUAAUACUUUGUUUGGCAGUGGCGCGCUGACGAGCAGCAGCCAGCAGUCCGGCGCUAACACGCGCACACCUUCAAACCAGCAGCACAAUGACCAAUACCUCCUGCCCUCCUCGGAGCAGCACGCUGCCCCUGCG